UGCAGUGAACCAAGAUCAUGCCACUGCACUCCAGCCUGGGUGAUGGAGUUGAGACCGUGUCUUUUUUUUUCUUAAUAAAAGGGAAAAUGUGGAGGAGAACAGGUUUGGGUAGGAGUGAUGGCAGUGAUUCUUUGGGUGGUGAGGAACCUAGCAAACAUAGCUCUUCAUUAGACUAAGAUUAGUUAAUUUUGCUCUAUGCACUGAUAAAGGAUAUAGAAGCUAUUCCUUACCCUCACAGAUUAAACCUAGUUGGAGAGCUUGCCAGUUAAUUGUACGUAUGGACCGUACAGACAUGCCGAGUCGUACAGCCGUGGUUAUUGAGUACCAAAGCAAAAGUUCAUAGCAAGGCAAAUCUACAUUUAAUUUUUUAUGUAAGCACUAAGAAUCAAAUUUUUCUCAGAAGGCUCCAAAGAGAUGACAAAGCACGGUGUAAAAUACCUGUUUUCUUAGCAGGUAGCACCUAGUACUCAGCAGCACCAUCCAUUUGAGUUUGGAAGACACCUUUUUCAGUUCUCCAUACUGAUUACAAAAGCGUUCUAAGGUUAAGGCAGUGAAACCAUAUGGAGGCAAGCUGUGACAAUAGUUCCACCCCAUGACGCUCCCGUAAUCUUAAAAGAAUAAAGAAAAAAUACUGACCCCCCUCCACCCAACCCCACCCCACCCCACCCCACCAAGAGGGCUCACUGAUUUCCAGAGCAGUGAGUUUUGAGGUGUGAGACAUGAAGAAAUGGGGUCCCUGUCUGGAAAUGUGGUCACGACAUCUCUAUGCCUUCCUCUCCUUAAGGGGCAAGACCAGCUGUUAAAGGAUGAGGGACUCUGGGGUCCCAGGGCUGAGAGGCAGGUGUCAGCUCGGGGCAGAGGGAACUGGAGUGCCCUCACCCCUUCAGAUGACCCUGUGCAGAGAGAGGACAGGCCAGGGCUGGCAACCUUGUCUUUCCCUGGAUGCUCGUUGACAUACUCGCUUUGCACAGGGUGGAUUCCUAAGUUCCAAUUUGAGCCGCUGUGAAAAAGGCCUCCACCAGCCUCUCACCAGAAGAGAUUGCUCAUUGGAACGCAAUGCCACCUGGUGGGGGAUGAGGACAGUGCGAGCAAGCAGGUGUUACUUCCUACUGACCUAAUUUAGAGAACAUUAAACGUAAGAGAGAUAACAUUCGGGGUUGUAAGCCUGUGCCUAAAACCUUAAAGAAUGCAGGCAGCUGGCCAUAAAAGCAACUUGAGCAAUGCCCUCAUUCAGCCGUCGAAAUCUCAGUUCGUGUGUAAACACUUUAAAGUUUCCUCUGCACUUUUCCUGUGUUCAUUUGGUCAUCACAGCUGUGAAGUGGGGUGGGAAUUUUUCCCCUCGUUUUAUGGGAGAGGAAUUUUGGGUUCAGUGAGACGAAGUGCUGCAGACAGGCCCAUGAUGACGCUCAGGCCUCCGCUUGAAGUUAGUGCUCGCUUCCCGGCACCACUUCCUGCCCCCACAGGUGCUUCUGGCAGAACCCAGGGCAGUGGCUUUAUGGAACUGUGUAAGAUGAUAGGAACCCACAGGCGGAAUGGCCGUGUGGUUUCUGGUCUAAGGAGGGCUGGACCAGGUCGUGGGCACACGUGGAACACACGCCACGUCCUAUACCAUAACGAGGCCUCUUCCAUGUGGCUCUCGAAGGAUUUGAGGACACGGGAGGGUGAAAAGUUUCCGAGAGAAAUAUUCAGGACUUUUAGAACUAGGCUUUCAAAAGCAUUUGCCUGUCAGAUAAAUUCAGGUGGCAUCAAUGCAGAUUUUAAAUGUGUACAGAUACCCCCACUCACACACUGAGUUGUGCUUCACACAAGUUUUGUGCACGGAGUAUUCCAUUAGAUCUAAUGAAGCAGUGGGGCAAGCAGAAAGGAGAGGUGACUACUGAUGUUUUUAAACUCUGACAGUCACGUAUAGAUUGUCCCAAGUACCCCUUCUGCC